CUUGAAGCUGUCAUGUGAGCUCAUAGAAGAGCAGGUAUGUAUGCUACUGGUCAGAUUAAAAGCCUUCCAGGCCUUUGUUUUAAGCUGUCAGGCUUUUGUCUUAGGUCAAGAGUGUAUAGGAGUUCUGCCUGCAUGUAUGUCUGAGAACUAUAUAAGGGCAGCAGAGGCAGAGAAGAAGGUGUAACAACACAGGCUCACCUACCCCGAAGAUCAGUGUCUGAUGGACAGGAAAGCGUUGGAUUCUGCCUCUCAGCUUUCAAGUUUCAAUCCUCCUGUAGCUGAAACUGAGCUUCUCAGCUCUGCGUGCCACAGAGGCUUCCCUCCCUGUGCUCAGUACCACAGACUGCCUGAAAAGGGAGAAAUGGGUAAAACGCUGCAAGGAAAAUGGCUCAGAAACGUCUACUAUGAGUCUCAUGCUAAGCUUCACUGCUGCUAUGGAGUGAUCAUGGUCCUCAUUGUAGCUGUAGUUGCUCUUUCUGUUGCUUUGUCAGUAAGAAAGACAGAACAGAUCUCAAUCAAAAAGAUCUAUACUCCUUGCCCCAGCAACUGGAUUGGAGUUGGAAAUAAAUGUUUUUAUUUUUCUGAAUACUCAAGCAACUGGACAUCCAGCCAGGACUCCUGCAUGGAACAAGAGGCCCAGCUAGCUCGAAUUGACAGCCAGGAGGAGCUGAAUUUCCUAAGGAGAUACAAGGGGAUUUUUGACCACUGGAUCGGCCUGCACAGAGAGUCAUUAGAGCACCCUUGGAAGUGGACAGACAACACUGAGUAUAACAACUCGGUUCCCAUCCAGGGAGUGGAAAACUACGCAUACCUGAACAGUCAAGGGCUCAACAGUGCCAGGGUCUAUGUAAAUCGCAGGUGGAUCUGUAGCAAGCUCAGCAGCUAUAGCCUCCACUGCUAAACUCCUUUUUCUCCUUCCUAACAUUUAACGAGAGAUGCUUCUUACAUUGUUAUGUAUGGGUGCUACUCUUUACCCUAUGGCUCCACAUUGCUAUCAAAACAAAUUAAGAGUAUUUCCUAACAUCACAAGUGAAAACCAUCUUGGAGAGCUGCACAUACAGGGGAUUACAAGAACAUAGAUGAGUCUAAAAUAGACGCUGGCACUCAUACCUUAAGCCUAAAGUACAACUAAUGUUCACGAGCCCCACUUUUGUGUUAUGAAGUUUUUGUGCAGAGAAGUCCUUCUUUUGAAUUUAUGAGACCACAAAAAUGAGUCCCCCAACAUGCAUGUGACCUUU